AUGCCAACGCUUCCUCCCCCCAAAGUAUUUUGCAGAUCCACCACCGCGCUGGAAACAAUUCAUCAGAGGCUGGAUGCCCUGGAUGCCGCUGAUCUCUCGGCGUUCUACGGUCGUCUUCUGGUACUAACGGGUUUCAGCUGGGCUGUUCGUACCGCGGAGCUUGUGCUCUUCACCUUCACCCGAGAUCUUAUCGACAGCGACAUCGGCAUGGGAACCACGGCAUUGCAAACACUAGGCAUGGGCGAGUUCGUCGGAGCUGCCAUUGGAGGACCGCUUUUCGGCUAUUUGGCGGACUACCGAGGCCGGCGUUUGGCUCUGUUGCUGGCUAUGGCAUUGUCGCUGGCAGGGCUGGCACUGUCUGCCAUAGCCACCCGCGACUACAUCUUGAUCAUCGCGAGGAUUGUUGCGGGAGCUGGGCUAGGUGGAGAGCUGCCGGCAGCAAUUGUGCUGGUGCAGGAGCUGUCCCCCAAAUCGAUGCGAGGUCAUCUGGUGGCAUGCCUCGAGGCCUUCGGAGGUAUUGGGGGGAUUGUCGGUGCGGCGCUGGCCUUUGAGUUGGCGCCGCAGUUUGGGUGGAGAAACACGUACUGGAUUAUCUGUGCCUGCGGAUUAUACACGGCGGCGCUGCGGUUCGGCAUCCCGGAAUCUCCUCGGUGGUUGGCGAGUGUGGGGCGUGAGGAUGAAGCCCUCAAGGCUCCCUCUACGUUUGACAAGCCCGUGCAUACACUGGCGCUUUGGACACUGUGGUCGGCGAUGACUUUAUCGUCGUAUGCGUUGGGCGUGUACGUUCCGACGCUUAUUAGCAUGUCAGGAUUCAACAUGUACGAGGGCUGGGUCGGGAUUGUGUUGCUGCAUGGAUCGCAAAUUGUUGGUUGCAUCCUGGCUUCAAGGCUAUUGAGAGCGCGUGGUCACAAGCAAGCUCUGGCUUGCUUUGCGACGCUGGUGUCGAUUGUCGCGAUCAUCUUGAGCUACGCGCCGUGGAACUGUGCUGCGGUAGUGGUGGGCACUUGCUCCGUGUCUCUCCUGCUGGCGGGUGCGUGGAGUUGCGUACUUGCCUACAGCCCCAGCAACUACCGAACUGCCGUGCGCGCUCGUGGGGUGUCGUAUGCUUUCGGCUUUAGUCGCCUUGCUGCUGCUGGAGGACUGCUGCUCUACCCUCACAUGUUCAAUGUGUGGCUGAUGUCGGUGUCUUCUAUCAUCUGGGUCUUCACGGGGUUGCUGGCUGCCACGGUGUUGGGUUUUGUAGUUCCGUGGGGGUUCAACGCACCGAAUUAUGGAUAUUGCUCCAUACACGAGGCCCCCCAGCUUGAAAUUGACCCGUAG